GGAAUAAAUAUUCAUAUUUUGUUAUAUGCCAUAAAGAAAAUCAUUCUCUCAUCUUUUACCCGUUCUCUUCCUGUCCCCAAAUGACGCGUAAUAAUACCGAAGGAAUUUUGAGGAAGAGAUUGGAAUCCUCGGAAAAUCUGUCACCGAAUCACCUUCCUCGCAUAAAAAAUAACUUUCACCUAUUACUACUAAUAUUUUUAUCGACAAUAUCAGUCAAUACAGCCUUCAAUUUCGGUCCCAUACUGAACGGUUUUGGUUCUUUUCCUCCAAAUCCAAAUCAAUUUCCUAACCAACUUAUUCCAGAAUCUUCCCAAUCUUCCCCCAAAUUUUUUGGUGGGAAUCAAAAUCAAUUUCCUAACCAAUUUAUUCGUGGACCUUCUCAAUCUUCCCCCAAAUUUUUUGGCGGGAAUCAAAAUAUUGGCCCACCGAUCUCUACUUCGCCGCCAAGAUGUUCUCCCGGGUCAGGUCCCUCGCCUAGUCCCUACGGUAAUUUCAUAAGUAUACUCAACCUAAACUCCUUUUGCUUAUCGCGUAAGGAUAGAUGUCGAUCAGAUGCCAACCAACAAGGUAUAUGCCCGCUCGGCAUGUUCUGCUGCAACUAUUGGUGCGGGGGCAUAUGCGUUCCAUCCGGAAAUCCAAAUGGCGGCAAAAAGAGUUACUCGGGAUCGAAUAUAGGGGGGAUUGGCGGUGUCAUAAAUCCUGAAUUGAUACCCCAGGCCAGGCCCCCUCAUUGGAUGAAUCCUAACUUCAAUAAAAACUUCAACGAUGUAAAUACUGGAAUCAAAUUCCCGUACCCACCUCUACCUCCUUCAAAAAAGGAUUAUACCUUUAAACCGCCUCCGCCUCCAACCAAUUUUCCGACCAUUUUACCUGGAAGGUGCAGAUGUUACGAAGGGCAGUUCGAUUGCAACAAUGGGCAGUGCAUCCCUGGUUCUAAAGUUUGCGACAAAGUUCAGGAUUGUUCCAACGCUCUAGACGAGUUAGCCAUGUUUUGCCCUAAAAUCCAACCCACGCCUCCCCCCAAAUUCCCGACGUUUUCCAGAUGUUUGAUUGGCCAAUUUGCUUGUCAGUAUUCCGAUAAAUGUCUUCCUGCAGAAUUCGUAUGCAAUGGAAUCAAGGAUUGUCCGAAUGGAGAUGAUGAAAUUCCUGAAAGAUGUUUUAAAAAGCCUCCCCCUAAAAUGCCGCAAUGUUUUCCCAAUCAAUUUCAAUGCGCGGAUGGUUCCUGCAUCCCUGGGGAAUAUGUGUGCGAUGGUAAAAAUGAUUGCAAAUUUGGGAAGGAUGAAUUGCCCCAAUAUUGCAAAAAUCGUCCUAACCCACAACCCCCUGGUCAAGAUUGCGAUAAAGGAUUUCGGUGCAAAAACGGGCAAUGUGUAAGGCCCAACGCUCAGUGCGAUUGCAAUUAUGAUUGUAUGGAUGGAUCGGAUGAAGACCCUUCCCUUUGUAAGAGAGGUGACAUAUGGAUAAUAAAAUGCACCCAAGUUCAAAAGCCUAUUAGAUUAUUCUGAAACAAAGUCUCUAUCAUUUAAUUUCUUUUUCAUACCCCGCUAUAGCUUACUGAAAUUAUCUACGGAUUCUGCGCAGGCAAAUUUUGAUAACAUUGAAU